AUGAUUUUUGAAGUUGACGAAUUUUUCUGUACUGAAGGAGAGACUGUUGCUCUUGCAGUAGUAAUUGUUGAAUCUCCUUAUAUAAGAGGAUUGAAAUUUGAAAUAGAUAUUGUCGAAGCGCUAAGGAGUAUUGGUGCUAAA